CACUGUACACUACUUGUUUCCAAGUCUGAAUCUUUGAAUAUUCGUAUAAAUCAUUAUUUGCACUACAGUUCCCAGAAUGCAACGCAACACAAAUCAGGAAGCUGCUUCCACAAACGUGCUUUUGGAGGAAGAAUUUUUGAAGUUUGCAUUUAGUAAAACCUGUGUGAAACAUAAAGCAAGUGACAGUUCUGAGUAUUUCUGAUAGAAUAUCCAUUCUUAUGACUAGUUGUGGACACGUGACGCUAGCUAGCUAAGUGGUUACUUUUGCUGUUCUAUUCAGCUAGCUAGAUGUAUCUAUGUAUCGAGAUAGAUUCUAGCUAGUUGGCUAUAUCUUCAAAUUGUUUCUAGUUAUCUACAGUAAUCGAAUAGCUCGGUUUAUUGUGGACAGUCAUGAGCAAGGUUGGAGAGGGGUGUGUUUGUGUAUUUCUGUUUGUGUGUGUUUUAGUUGUUUGCCUUGGUUAAGUGCCAAGACCACUUUAUAUGCAGUAUUCCAUAGAAAACAGAAAUGGAGCAUAUUGUUUCAGUUUUACAUGAGGUAGACAGCGGGUUAUUGAUGGGGACACCCAUGAGCUACGGGAGUCCCGAGUUGGCGUCCAUCAUUUGUUCUGGUAUUUGUGAAUACAGCUCUGAGAACUCUGGGGGUUGCCAUAAUGAUAAAAGCAGCUGUGUAGGUGACGAAAGAAGUCGUCCCCAGACCCUGUCAACAUUCUCAUGUUCUGUUAUCUUGAUGGAUGAACACAAGCGGGAAGAGAAGCAAAAGGAAACUAUGUGUUUUGCUUUGAGUAUUCUGGAAAGAAUUAGCUCCAAGCUGCUGUCCCCAAACCACAGAGUGGAUUUCAGCGUUUAUUACAAGGAGAUUUUGAGAAUAUCAUUGGCGGACAUAACGUUAGAUCUCAUGUCAAAACUUGUCUCUCUUUUUAGCAUCCAGGACACUUUAUUAUCACACUUGGCUGUGAAGUGUGUAUCAUCUGUUGUGCUUUUUCAGCUUCUGGAGUCCAACACAUUCAACGGUGUUUGGCAACAGAAGUGUUUCCAAAACUUUCAGAGGGGAUGCCCUUGCAAAGAGAUGGACAAUUGUUUGUUGUCUCUCACCACUGUCGUGAAAGGAGUGUUGAAAGGACCGUUUGAAUGUAAGAGGGAAAAACUGGAUGAACUGCUUGUGGCAUUUGACCCUGUACUGCCUCACUUGUACACAGGGCUGCUGUCAUGUGGGGGGCCAGGAUCUGAUAUGGCUGCAUGUCAAGUUGACUCAUGUGAUUUGGACACCAUACAUAUGACUUUUGUUGAUUUGCUUGAAGUGCUCACUGCUGCAAGAGUCAGGCUACACGUAUGCCCCAUGAGCCUGAGGCUUUUGUACCAGCAGACAUCUGUGUGCCUUCAACUAGUUGACUCCCCUGUUCACUAUGCUGUGAAAAAGAAAGUGCUUCUGUUGUUGAAAAGAGUCCUGCUUGGGAAAGCUGGAGAGGAUCUCUCCAUUGGAGAAGUUCAACCCUCUGCACAGGUGGACGCUCAUAUGACCCCUGACCUGUGGGCACUGGCUGACUCUGUGUUGAGGUCAGCAGGUACUGGCUGGGUUCAGCGUGUCUCUGUCAGUGCCAAGGCCAGCUUUUUUGGCGGCACCGGUGAGUCAGUUCCUGGAGGCCGUGAAGGACCAGAUUUUGUGAUGCUGAGGGCAGUUAGCCUGCUUUUACUGAAGUCCUUGGAAUACAAAGUCCAGCAAGUCAGUACAGAAGACUCGCUUUGUCCUGUGGACAUCCAGAGCUAUUUGUGUCCUUUGAUGAUUUUCCUGAGCCAACAUCUGACACAAAGCCUCCAGCUCUAUCAUUCCUGUGCCUGGGUCUCACUGGUGUUUGGAGAGCAAGAUGAUGACAUGAUAGAAGCAGCAAUGACAUUAAUGUUGUUGUAUCUAUACCAGAAGAGGGCGAAUGCUGCUUCAGAUGAGGAUGCUUGUAGCUCUGGCUACAACCCUCACUGCCUCUUCAUCUGCCUGCUGAAAAGUGUGGCAUUUGACCACUCUGUGCUCCUAGACUUCUUGAUCUCAACUGAAACUAGUUUCCUGGAGUACUUUGUGAAGUAUUUAAAGUUCCUGCUGGAAAACUGGGAAGGCUUCCGCAGAAGUUGCCUGUACACCCAGGGGUCUGACCCACUCAGACAGAGGAGGGACAGCUCAGCCCAUGGGCAGAAGUCCACUGUGGGAUCCAAACUGCCCAUUAAUCAAAUGGAUCCUCAGUUUUACCAGUCACCGGCUAGUGGGGCUGCCGAAUCCUCGUUUCAUCCUUUGGUGGAUUACGGGAGCUCGGAUGAUUCUGAAGCAGAAGAGCCGAGCGUGUCAGAUGGCUCAUUAGGGAGAGCCCAGGGGAUCAGGGAGGGGUCAGGGCUCCAGUGUGCUCCUGCAGGACGACCGGCUCUGUGCUUACCAGACCAUGCAGCGGUGCGAGCCAGAGAUAACGGCCUGACUCCUGAUGGCAUGUGUGAAGAAGCAGUCACGUGCCUUGGGGAACUAAGAAAAGUCAUAGUCAAGCUGCAGAAACGAAAUCUCUUUCCCUACAAGCCUGCCUCGCUUCUAAGACUGCUGAUGCAAAUCGAAACCAAGAGUGGGUUUGAAGAUGGAUCACAGUGUUAAAGAUGUGUGUGUGUCUGGAUGCCAUGUGCAGCAUGGUGUGUGUUCAUGUCAGUGUCAGUGGUAUUCUUCCAGGAUCAAUCUCCCAUUAGAGCUGUGGUGGUGGUCACACUGUUCAGGUCGGUUAUGUGUGUAAGAAAAUCUGAUACUGUGUCAAGUGUAACUUUUGUCCCCCUGUUAUUUUUCUACCUUUUCAGGACAGCUCAAGAAGGAGUCAGUGUCUGUAGGCUUUUGUUACAGCCUUGCAUGUAACCACCUGAUUUCACUGAUACAUGACUAAGUUGAACCAAUUUAGUGUCCUGUCCUCUCCAUUUGUGAGUGACUUAGUGGUCUAGAACGAGUCCGGAGUCUACCAGUCUGUCAGUCUACCAGUCAACCAGGACUGGAACAGAGUCAGAGUAUCAGUCACAACAUUUCCCUUGGAUUGCACUUUGAUUGACAGUGUUUCAAUGAAAUCCAGGUCAAUUUAUUUAUGCAGUUAAUAAGCCAAUCUGUUAUGCAUAUGGGUCUAAUAUUUAUCCCACAAACUACCGAUAAACCAUUUUUGCGAAAUAAUGUGCAUGCAAUAUUUAUCACAUGGCUUGUGUCAUUAAUCAUUCUUGUGCUUUGUGACAAGCUGGAUCUUAUUUGUCCUGCGUUGGGCUGGUUUUGCGAUCCGGGGGGUAUAGUUGUACACCAGAGUGCCUUAUCCCUCUGCAAGGGGAUCAGCAUUAAUCGUUUGAGCUAUUCUGGCUGAGGCACAGCCUCCGUCCUCAACCGCAGUUUUAGAAGUGAACCAUUGGCAAAUUCCCUUAUUCUUCCAAGAGAAAUAUAUACUUGCAUUUAAAACAAGCCUAAUAAUGUAAACUUCAUGUCAUCGUUCUGUUGGAAUAAUUGUGCAAUACCAGCAAGACUACUUAAAAAAAUAAAAAUAAUCAA